CCUGCCCCACCUACGUCAGGACCUCACAUGCCUGCCCCACCUACAUCAAGACCUCUGGCACCUAGACCUGGAAUGACUGGCAAACCCCUGCACAUGUCUGGUAAAGUUGAGAGAAUAUGGUUAACAGCCUAUGAGCUUAUCGCGGAGUGCCAACCUAUGAGCAAUAUCAGCUGUCCCAUUGAAGGACUAGCUACUACCGACCUAGCAGCUAUUUGCCGUGAUUUUAAAAAGCUCACAGAGUGUCUGUGCAUCCGUUGCCACGAGACUGACAACAUGGUGUCAAAGAUAGACGUAGCUAGUGAACAAUGCAGUGCCGGCUUGUGCCUGAGUAUGUUGACACCCUGGUUGAUAUUGAUGCUCAUUUGUGUUCUGCGAUGGCUUAUCUGAAUGAUAGUUGCGUCAGCUGGAUGAAAAAUCUUUUUCUAUUAUAAAAAUUGUACGCUUUAGCUGUUAAUAAA